AUAGGUUUGUUCUGCACCGCUCUGCUGUGUGCAUGCACCAGCUGCCUACAGACCAACUACACGUGUGAGACGGAUGGGGCCUGCAUGGUUUCCAUUUUCAACCUGGACGGGAUGGAGCACCACGUGCGCACCUGCAUCCCCAAAGUGGAGCUGGUCCCCGCUGGGAAGCCCUUCUACUGCCUGAGCUCCGAGGAUCUGCGCAACACGCACUGCUGCUACACCGACUUCUGCAACAAGAUCGACUUGAGGGUGCCCAGCGGUCACCUCAAGGAGCCCGAGCACCCCUCCAUGUGGGGCCCCGUGGAGCUGGUGGGCAUUAUUGCCGGCCCGGUGUUCCUCCUGUUUCUCAUCAUCGUCAUUGUUUUCCUUGUCAUUAACUAUCAUCAGCGCGUCUAUCACAACCGUCAGAGGCUGGACAUGGAGGACCCCUCGUGUGAGAUGUGUCUCUCCAAAGACAAGACGCUCCAGGACCUCGUCUAUGACCUCUCCACGUCAGGGUCUGGCUCAGGGUUGCCCCUUUUUGUCCAACGCACAGUGGCCCGAACCAUCGUUCUACAGGAGAUUAUUGGCAAGGGCCGGUUUGGAGAAGUGUGGCGCGGCCGCUGGAGGGGUGGUGAUGUGGCCGUGAAAAUAUUCUCUUCUCGUGAAGAACGGUCUUGGUUCCGGGAAGCAGAGAUAUACCAGACAGUCAUGCUGCGCCAUGAAAACAUCCUUGGGUUUAUUGCCGCUGACAAUAAAGAUAACGGCACCUGGACACAGCUGUGGCUCGUCUCAGACUAUCAUGAGCACGGCUCUCUGUUCGAUUAUCUGAACCGGUACACGGUGACGAUUGAGGGGAUGAUUAAGCUGGCCCUGUCUGCCGCGAGUGGGCUGGCACACCUGCACAUGGAGAUCGUGGGGACCCAAGGGAAGCCUGGAAUUGCUCAUCGAGACUUAAAGUCAAAGAACAUCCUGGUGAAGAAAAAUGGCAUGUGUGCCAUCGCAGACCUGGGCCUGGCUGUCCGUCAUGACGCUGUCACUGACACCAUUGACAUUGCCCCCAACCAGAGGGUGGGAACCAAACGAUACAUGGCCCCCGAAGUACUUGACGAAACUAUCAACAUGAAGCACUUCGAUUCCUUUAAGUGUGCGGAUAUCUAUGCCCUCGGGCUCGUGUAUUGGGAGAUUGCUCGAAGAUGCAACUCUGGAGGAGUCCACGAAGAAUAUCAGCUCCCAUAUUAUGACUUAGUGCCCUCUGACCCUUCCAUCGAGGAGAUGCGGAAGGUCGUGUGUGACCAGAAGCUACGUCCCAACAUCCCCAACUGGUGGCAGAGUUAUGAGGCGCUGCGGGUGAUGGGGAAGAUGAUGCGGGAGUGUUGGUACGCCAACGGCGCGGCCCGCCUGACUGCGCUGCGCAUUAAGAAGACCUUGUCCCAGCUCAGCGUGCAGGAGGACGUGAAGAUCUAGCUGCCCCGUCCCCGACACGCGGCCCUGGGCAGCGGGAACUGCGCGCCGAGCUGCCGUGCUCGCGUACGAUGGAGGCCUACCUCUCGUUUCUGCCCAGCCCUCUGUGGCCAGGAGCCUGGCCCACAAGAGGGACAGAGCCCGGGAGACUCGCUCGCUCCCACGUUGGGUUUGAGACCCAGACCUUUUAUAUUUACCUCCUAGUGGCACGGAGCCUCUGAGAGCGAAAUGGUGUGGAGAACUCAGUGCCACAACUCGGACCGGCUGUGGUGGGAAGCCCCGCAAAGCCCAGUGCCCCUGGCGAGUAGCCGAGUAGCCAGGCGUGGUGGCAGGUGGGCGGCCUGGGAGGGCCGGGAGGAGCUGGGCGCUGGUGCUAGGGCUUUCCUCCGGGACCAAGCCCAGCGCAGCGAGGCGGCCCAGAGGAACCAGAGGACGGCCCCUCCUCCCGCGCGACAUCUGGAGGGACUGCCAGCGGAGGCAGAGUGCCGGCCGUCUGUCCAGCCCUGUGUGCAUGUGCCGAGGUGCGUCCCCUGUCGUGCCUGGUCUGUGCCACGCCCUUACACAUACGUGUGUGUGUGUGUGUGUGUGUGUGUGUGUGUGUUGUGGUGCGCACUUACCUGCUUGAGCUUUCUGUGCAUGUGCAGGUCGGGGGUGUGGUCGUCAUGCCUCUCUGCGUGCUGGUGCCUCUGUUCAGUAGUGAGCAGUGUCUAGUUUCCCUGGUGCCCUUCCCGGAGGUCUCCCUUCCCUCCCCUCCUUCCGGAACCCCCACGCCGCGGUGGUACUCCCUCCCCGGCAGGCUGCUCCGCCUGCCCCUGUGUCAGCCCGGCCCUCCUCCAUUUCAGACUGUGGAACCAAAGCUGGCCCAGUUGUCCGAGGCAGGCGAGGCUUUUGGGUCCAAAUGUGAGGGAGGCGGGUGGGAUGGGCAGGGCAGGAAUCUGGGUGGAAGUCUCGGGUGUUGUGGUCAGCGGCCACCGUGGGAAAUGAGCCAGCCUAAGGGCAUCGUCCUCAGCAGCGUCAAGGAAGGGCCAAGGUAUUUGAAGCCCAGAUCUUGGGACUUGGAUUGGAAUGUCACAACUGUCUUUCAUAUCCCAGAUUCUGGAAACAGCAGUGUAUAUUUUUGGUGGUGGUGGGUUUAGGGUGGGGAAGGGAAGGGAGGACAAGGAGUGGGGGUGGAGUCUGGGGUGGGAGGGAGGCAUCUGCAUGGGUCUUUUACUGGAUUAUCUGAUCACGGUGGAGGGAAGAUGUGAGACUUGCAUCUACUUCAGGGGCUUUACUAAAGGGAACAGCCCGAGCUGAACCUGUUAUUUAACCUGAGUGUAGUAUUUAACGACGUCUAGAAGCAAGGUUGUGGGUGGUGGUUUGGUCAGCAUAUCUUAGGUGUAUAAUAACUUUGAAGCCAUAACUUAACUGGAGUGGUUUGGUUUUCUUUUUUUCUUUCUUUCUUUCUUUUUUUUUUAAUUUUAUUGGGAGGGUCUGGAUUUUAACUUUUUUUUAAAUAUUGUUAAGUUUUUAUAAAAGGAAAACCAUCUCUAUGUGAUGAUUACCUCUCAAUCUAUUUGUUUUUAAGGAAAUCCCUGAAAAAAUAACCACAAAAAAAAAAUACUACAAUCGAACGCACAUAGCUCGAUCACACUGGAAACGUCUGUCUCUGUACCUGAGCCUGUUCCCCCUACUCAGCAUCACAAGUUCCUCUGCCCUGGGGGUUAGUCUGUCUUGCAUCCUGCCUCCCCUCCCAGUUCUGUAAGUGGGUUUGCACUGGGGCCCUAGCCUUUUGUGCGUGGUCCAGUGGGCUGCACCUUCUCCAGGCAUUGAUUCAGCAUUUGUUGGGUACCUGCUGGGAGAUGGGAGCUGCCCUGGGCGUUGGGAAUGCGUUUGUGAACAAGAUAGGCUUGGGUCUGACUCUUGGAGCACUGACGAUGGAACUGAUGCAAGUUAGUGGGUGCUUAUUUUGAGACCAGCAGUUUUGUAGUUGGUUCUGAGAGACUUUUGAGCCUGGAGUGAUUGCUCUUACUAGACCACUGAGGAGCAAGGAAGCCCCUCUGUCCCCAACCAAAGAGGCUGGUGGUGGCAGUGAGACCCCCCCCCGAGUCACCGCAUUCAUCCUGAGCCCCUUCCCACCCCCAGGGGAGGCACAGUAUAUGUGCAGCCUCAGAGCAUCCCUGCCUCGUGCCCAGCGAUUCUCUGCCAAAGCUUUCGGAGGAGGGGGAGAGCCCUCUCCCCGCUUACAUCGGUCUCCCCGGUACUCCUGGCCUUCCUAUUUAUUUUCCUGAUGUAUUGCUUCUUUCCUUGCAUUAAAGGAGAUCUUUCCCUAACUCUUUGGGCCAAUUUACUGGCUACUGACGAAUUUCCCUCGAAUACCAAUUGCGUAGUUAGGGGGACUUUCUUCCCCACCCCUGCUGACGCCCACCUGUCUGCCCUGCAGCAGAACUUGGCGGGUUAUAGGAGACAGUGGAACUCAGACUCCUCUCCCCCAGCCACAACCAGCCUCUGGGAUCUGCCACCACUCCUCAUCCCGGGACUCCCAAGCCACUCUCCCACUCCCCAGGUGGCCCUGCUGUCCUCACCACACACUCCUCCUCCACCUCUGGGGAAGACUGAGCAGUGUUUUGGGAAGCUCCCAGCCCCACCACCGCCACUCUUAACCUAAAAGUUAGGAAUGAGAGAGUGAGAGAGUUGGGGAGAACCUGAAGCUGUGGUUUUGGCCCCCUGAGGCUAACCCUGAUCCAUAGGGCUACCUGCACCUCUGGAUUCUGGAUUCACAGACCAAGUCCAAGCCCGUUCUUACGUCGCCAUCAAGGCCCCCGAACGGCAUUCUCGGUACUUCUGUUUGUUUUUGUACAUUUUAUUAGAAAGGACUGUAAAAUAGCCACUUAGACACUUUACCUCUUCAGUAUGCAAAUGUAAAUAAGUUGUAAUAUAGGAAAUCUUUUGUUUUAAUAUAAGAAUGAGCCUGUCCAAUUUCUGCUGUACAUUAUUAAAGUUUUAUUCACAGA